AUGGAUACACCCGUGUCUAAGAGCUUAAAGAGAAUGCACGUUGCUACGAGUACUGGCAUUACACCGAGCAAGUCUCCGCGCCGGUUGUUUUCCGAUAUUUCGCGUUCGGAUCCUUUGGAAGCGGAUGUCUCUCAGGGCACGGUCGCUUCUCAAUUGCCGCACCUUGAGUAUGAAGACGCGUUGGAGGAGGAGAAGGCUAUGCUGCUGCGCCAGUUGCGUGCCAUUCGUGCCGAGAUGGAUGGUCUGAAGAACGAGCUUGCCCGGGUGGAGAGGGAUGCGGAGGAGAGGAACAAGGAUACAGGAAUUGACAAUCUUAUCGCUCAGCUAUUGACAUCCAACAAUGCAACCGUCAGCCUUCCUACGCCAGCUCCCUCACCUUCCUCGACUACAGCCAUCCCAUCAGCUCGUCCCAUUCUCGAAUCAACGCAAUCGCUACACAAUAUACAAUUCGUCAAGUUUAGUUCCUCGGUAAUCUCCACGAAUCGCCGUAAACAUGAGUUCGCGGGUCACGCCAGUAGCAAAACUGUUUGGUUUUCCGUUGCGAUGACGGUGAACGAGGAGAACUACUCGGUGCUUGAUCUGAACAUCAAGAUGUCGCCUUGGGCACGUGCAGAGAUUGGGGAAUACAUUGAUCGAUGUUGCGAGGGGGGGAACGUUUCGAAUGCGUUGUACGCAAUUGCAUCUUACGCGCAUCUGGCCCAAAGACGAUUGACGGUGUUCAACUCCGUCUACGACAAACUAUGCGAUCAGAAGCUAGUAAGCGCAAAUAAUGAUAUGAUGAGACCAGUUCUGGGCACACCAAUCUUACGCAUCAUCGGUCAGCCGGAUAUCGUCCUAUCGUGGCACAUCGACGCGGAUACCCGUACAGGUGAUGCUCGGUCGUCGAUUACAGCAGAUAUCAGAGUACCUGAGGCAUGGGAACGAGCAGACAACGGGAAGGAUACGCUAAGGCAGUUUGGAGGUGUGUUUGAGCGAUUGGUGGAUAAGAGGGGGUUCGAGAAGGCUGCUGUGGCUGUCGUUGGGGUGUUUGGAGGUGCAGAAGAGGCAGUGCAAGGAGGGACGAAAGAGUAG